UAACAGCAACGAUUGACGUGGAGAACGCGUCAAAUUAAUUCCAGCAAACGGCGGACUCUCCAGGAUAACUCCAAUUUGCUUUUAUCGGAUGAAGAUCACUUUGGUGCCAGUGUACCUUGAAGUCACUUGUUUCCAAAAAGAGAAGGGGGCGCGUUGCACUCGGUGGAGAUUUUAAGAGGUCUAUCUUUCCUUUUCUGGGGCUCAUUCCUCCCGUUCUCCUUUCUUCGCUGCCUUCGCUGGGACACAUUCAGCCAUUUGAAGGGACACCUAUAUUUCCCGGCAACUCGAAAAAUAUAGGCAAAUGGAGCAAAACUAUGGAGAGGUGAACCAGUUAGGCGGCGUGUUCGUCAAUGGGAGACCACUGCCCAAUGCCAUACGGUUAAGAAUAGUGGAGCUGGCUCAGCUCGGAAUCAGACCCUGCGAUAUAAGCCGGCAACUCCGAGUCUCCCACGGCUGCGUGAGCAAGAUUUUGGCGAGGUACAACGAGACGGGCUCCAUCUUACCCGGUGCCAUCGGUGGAAGCAAACCACGGGUCACGACGCCUAACGUGGUGAAAAAUAUCAGGGAAUACAAACAAGGCGACCCCGGGAUCUUUGCCUGGGAGAUCCGGGACAGGCUUUUGGCAGAUGGAGUUUGUGACAAGUACAAUGUGCCGUCGGUUAGCUCAAUCAGCAGGAUUUUACGCAACAAAAUUGGAAAUCUCUCCCAGCCCAACCAAUAUGAGAGCAGUAAGCAAGCCUCCGCGCAGGUCGGGCUCUCCUACAACCACAUAUACCCCUAUUCCUACCCCAACACCAUGUCCCCCACUGGCACUAAAAUGGGCAGCCCUCCUGGAGUACCGAUGACGGCUGGACAUAUGAGCAUAUCCAGGGGCUGGCCUUCUGCACACACCGUCAGCAACAUCCUCGGUAUACGAGCCUUCAUGGAUCCUGCAGCCAUUGCUGGGGCGGAGGGAUAUCCACCAAAAAUGGAGGACUGGAGUAGCGUCAACAGAGCAGCUUUCCCCGCUGCUCACUCGGUCAACGGAAUUGACAAAUCAGCCAUAGACGCCGACAUAAAAUACGCUCAGCCUUCCUCGACGCUGUCCAGUUAUGUCUCGGCGUGUGCUUACUCCCCCACCAACCAGUACGGGGUGUACAGUGGAGCAGCGGGCGGAUACGUAGCCCCGGGUCACCACCACUGGCAGACGCAGAGCCCGACCCUGUCCCACCCAGGCGGCGGGAUGGGCAUGCAUGCAGGGGAGAUCCACUCGCCGAUGACCUUCAAGCAUCAGGCCCGAGAAGGAGACAGAAAACCGCCCACUCCCCUGAGUAAGCAGCAGCAGCAGCAACAUGAAGACUUGAACAGCGUGCAUGGACUCAGUCUCCCUACCUCAUCAUCAUAACCGGGACUUACAACCACCUUAAUUACCAAACCCAUUUAACUGAACUCUUUUCAACAACUCCAACAGUAAGUCGGAACAAUAACGGCUCCAUUCUCCGAGUUGCAGCUUACAGACAAACACAGACCUAGUCACAUUCGUUAUGAAUACAGUGGCCUAUAGCUUUAUCGGCCUUAUGGCCAUAUGAAUGUAAGCUUGCAUGGAUGUAUCGGUGUUUCCCCUCCCAAUUUUUUGAAAUACUUCCUGUUGCCAGACUGUAUAUUCCCUUAUGGAGACUACAGUUUUUAUUUUUAAAUACAUAAUAUUUGUCAGUCCACUCUGUCAUUGAUGUUUAAUUAUAAAACAAAAACAAAGGGCUACUCUGUAAUCCGCCAUUUUUAUGUUAUCAUAAUUUGUGGCCAUGAUCCCGAUUCUACAGUGACUCAUCUAUGUGAACAAAGAGGUAAAUUGUCUAAAUGUAAAAUAUUUGCAAAAGCUUUAAUUAUAUAUUUUUAUAAUUUCAUUGUAAAUAUAAAAAAAUAAAGGCUGUUUUAAAUGC